GGGCGGCGCUCGGGCGGUGCGGGCGCAGUGCGCGGAGCGGCGCGGCAGCAGCAGCCAUGCCGGUGGAUCUGGGGCUGUGGAGCGGGCCGCUGAGCCUCACCGAGGUGGAGCAGAAGCCGGCGCACCCGCUGCGGGUCAAGUAUGGCUCGGUGGAGAUAGACGAGCUGGGCAAGGUGCUCACGCCCACUCAGGUCCAGCAUCGCCCCACCAGCAUUGAGUGGGAGGGCUGUGAUCCCCAGAAGCUUUACACCCUGGUUCUCACAGACCCGGAUGCUCCCAGUAGGAAGGACCCGAAAUUCAGGGAAUGGCAUCACUUCCUGGUGACCAACAUGAAAGGCAACAAUGUGGGGAGCGGGACUGUGCUGUCAGAUUACGUUGGCUCUGGCCCCCCCAAAGGAACAGGGCUACACCGCUAUGUGUGGCUGGUGUAUGAGCAGCCGAAGCAGCUGACCUGCAACGAGCCCAUCCUCUCCAAUCGCUCUGGUGACAAACGAGGGAAGUUUAAGGUGGCAUCUUUCCGCAGCAAGUACGAGCUGGGGGUGCCGGUGGCUGGCACUUGCUACCAGGCAGAGUGGGAUGACUAUGUGCCGAAGCUCUAUGAGCAGCUGUCGGGGAAGUAGGGCAAGGGGAGGCAAAGCAGCACUGUGCAGCAACCCCUUCCCCCCUGGAGACCAGGCCCGUCAGGGCACGUCCCUGUAGUUGUGUUUAAUUAGUGAGUUGACCCCAACUGCCCCCGCACUGACCGCUGGAACUGUAACCCUGUCUCUCUCCCUGCUUCCCUGGCGGUGUGGUCCAGGCCUGCGCUGUGCUUCAGCCGACUCCUGUAGGUACAGGUGACCGCUAGCUAGAUGAGUGUCUGACAAGGUGCCCCUGUACUGGCCACCCCCUCCAGGCUGACCUGCUUAAGGGAAAUGACAGCCUUUGCAAAUUAAUGUAAUUUCAGUGUCUCUACUGUACUGAAAUGUUAUCACACGGCCGUGGUGUGGGUACGGAACCACUUUGGGGUGGGUGCUGGCUGUGUAUGGCUGUGUAGUCUCCCCUUUCCAGGGCAGGAGAUGGCAGUCUAAGGGAAAUGCGCCCUCCCCGCCCCAUUUUUUUUUUUUAUUUAUUUUUACCCUCAAUGAUUUGGCCAGUGCCUCCGCUUCACUGAAGUGAACCACUAAAGCAGUGAAGGUAUAGCUGGUAGGAAGAGGCAGGGAAGCUGGUUUAUAGUACUACCUUCUGCUCUCUGUCGCCACUCAAAUCAGAGACCACUUAAUUUUGUUCUGAUUCUGUUGUGACCUGAUGUUAAUGUGCUGUUUGCUCACAGUGCAAUUAAAAACUUACCGAGGUG